CUGGCUUCGAACGAGGCAACGCACUGCCCAGCCUAGUUUGAAGCGAAAUGCGGCAAAUGAUUUGAAAAUUACAAGCACAAGAAAUCCAGCACUGAACGAUUUUGUCUCCUAAAGUACAAAUUGCUUGAGAUUUGGCAGAGAAAUGACAAGUACCAAGAAAAAACCACAGUGGAUAUCCUCAUCAUUUGGAGACUUUGCUGCUACACAAGCAAUAAAGCCCAAAUCAGCCCCAACAAAAAGAAAGAAAAAUGGACAUUUUGUCCAAGAACCAGGUUUUCUCCAAAGUCAAAAAAUUGAUUCAAAUGCAAAUUCUGCACUACUACCAUGGUCAGAGAAACACAAGCCAUUGAAAGAGACUGACCUUUCUGUGCAUAAGGCUAAGAUUGCUGAAGUCAAAGAUUGGUUACUAAGUCAUCUUUGCUCACAAAGAGACAAGAACCAUGGAAGUAUCCUUGUUUUGACUGGACCAGCAGGAGCAGGGAAAUCAGCAACCAUAGAUGUUCUUAGUAAAGACUUGAACAUUGAGCUUCAAGAGUGGAGCAACCCAGCCACCACCACAAAUGAGGAAUAUACAAUGUGGAAAGACUUUAGAAUUUUGCAGACGGAUUCCCAGCGAAAGCAGUUUCAAGAUUUCCUUUUACGAGCAAAUAAGUAUUGCAGUUUGUCGCUUUCUGGCCAGGAGCCGUCCAAUUCUGCACAUGGAAGGAAAAUUAUCGUCGUUGAGGAUAUACCAAAUGCGUUAUACAGGAAUGUCAAGGAUUUCCACGACAUUUUGAGGCAGUUUCAAGCCACUAGUCGGAACCCGUUGGUGUUUAUAAUAUCUGACAGUUACGUGGGGGAGAGCAGUUUACAUCGUUUGUUUCCGAAGAAAGCUCAAUUGGAUCUUCGCAUUAAUUGCAUCAACUUUAAUGCUGUAACGAAUACCAAUUUGGUGAAGUGUUUGACGAAGAUAGUCAACACAGAGUCUCAACUGAACAAUAUCAAUGUGCCGAGCAAGGAUGCUCUGGACCUUUUAAUAUCAAGCAAUGCUGGUGAUAUCCGCGCGUGCAUAAAUUCGUUGCAAUUCUACUGUACAAACGAGUAUUACUCAGGAAAACCCCAUGCUGGAGACUCUUUAAAAAAUAGCACUGCAAAGAAAUCCACGUCGAAAGAAAAAUCUUCGAAAGCAAAGAAACAAAUUGCAGAAAGUGAUGGUGGAAGUUUGUUAAUGGGGAAAGAUACUUCUUUGUUUUUGUUUAAGGCACUGGGAAAGAUACUUUACUGUAAACGUGAAGCGGUUCCAGAUUCUGAAAAAUCCAAGCAAUUACCAAGGCAUCUUCAAGUACAUACCAGGGACAGGCUCUUGAUAAGCCCAGAGGAAAUUACAGAGAAGACCCACACUGACAAAGAAACCUUCAAUCUUUAUCUGCACCAGAAUUAUCUCGAUUUCUACCAAAACAUUGAUGCUGUGGCAAAUGCCAGUGAUUGGUUUAGCAUUGCUGAUUACGUCACAACUCAAUGGUCGACACGGGACCUAAUGAAGAAUUACGGAUCAUCGUUAGCUACACGUGGUGUCAUUUUUGCAAAUCAUCAAAAAUCCACAUCGUCAACUGGUGCCGUGUCAAGAGGCUGGAAGCCUCUUAAUAAACCACAGUGGUUCCAUGCAUUCAAAGAGGGAAAUUCGAAUAAGAGGACUGCAGAGGAUCUGUUUUAUGACAUGCGUCAUCCGGCUGUUGACUUACAUACAGAAGUACUACCAUAUUUAGCAAAAAUUAACGUAUCGCUUCGAACACCAAGUCAUAUCUCCUUCGUUCAAAUGAUAUCUCGUUUUAAUAUCAAUUCAUAUCGGCCAAGUGCUACCCUCGGCCAAAUGGAAAAUGCCACCACAGACAUCGAUGACAUGGGCACCGAAGUUGACUCGAAAAUGGUUCCAAAACAAGAUGACGAGAACUCAGUAACUUUGAGCCAGCUCGGAGUGGAGACACAAGGAAGCUGCGAGGAAAGUGACAGUUUUGAGGAGAAUUUAAUUGAAGAUUUUAGUGACGAUGAUGACCUUGCCGAUUUUCUCCUUAUGUAGUCUAUGGAAGGGGGUUUAGAUGCCUAAAUAAAGUGCACGGAAUCAUCGAGAAUUUGCUGGUAGUGGGAGUAAGAAUUUGCAAAAGGUAUGAGUCUUAUAUGCAAUGUUUUUAACCCUCAACAGAAGAGCGGAUCUUAAAUUUGCACAACUUAUACCUUACGUUGGUUGCAGCAAUAAAGACGAAAAUGAACAUGACCAUUCAUGAUAUGUUUAGAUUCGUGAAAAAGGCAAAUAUGCAAGAUUAAGAAAAACCAAAACAUUGCAAAAAGAUAACGAUUGCAUACACACAACUGAUGUACUAAAAAUUGCAUCUGCAUUCACAAGAAAAUCCCUAGGAUUGCUAAUAACAUCUAGGUAUCUUUCCUUUGUUUUUAGUCGUGGCUUAAGAAAACCCCAGGCUCUGUAAUUCGGUGAUAAAUGCUGAUUAUUGUAUAUCUUGACUGCUAUAUGGAUGUAUCGCUGUUAGAAACUGCUGGCAAUCUCUUUGGGACCCUGACCCUACUUCCCAUCUUUCAGCAAAGCCGGUAUCGUUGCUUAAACCUCAGGAUUUCCAAGUAGGUAAACGUGCAGUUGCAUCUUAAAUGUUUUGACAAGGGUGAAACCACAGGAUAUUCCUUGUUGAUGGGAUACUAUCGUUUAUCAAGAUUGUAUCUUGGAUCCUUUGUUGCCGAAUUGUUUAAUGAAAGUGCUUGAUUGUCAAUAAACUGCAUAUAAACCCGUGCAUCCCUCCUGGAUACGCUUCUGUCUCUCGUAAAUUUAAUUUUAUUAUUCGAUAUUUAUAGUGAAAGUUCACCCGCUUAGGACUCGGACCAGUAUUUGUAUAAAUUGUUAAUAUUCAUAUUAAAGUGAAUUUGAUACACUAUAAAUUUGCAUUUUCGAAUCAUGCAUCUUCUGGCU